GUUAGUCGCAUUUCUUCUUAAGGAUUUCUAAUAUACAUGUAUAAACUGUUCAAAUACAUAGACGCUGUAGGCGGAUACUAACCUCUAAUGCUAGUAUUUUAAUUGUCAAUAAGAAAACGCAGAAAAGUAAGAAUACUUUUUUGGAACGUUGAUGAGAAUUAAGAUUAUACACUUUUAUAAAAAUACCUGUCAAUCACUGAUUUCAUGAAAUUUUAUGAAAUACCAUUUCCUUUAUUUUAAUUAUACAUCGAACAAUAUUAUUUAUCGUCUCGAAACAGCUUUUACUUUAAAAUUAAGUACGAUGUUUUAAUGGAAACGUGACAUAUAAUAGCUGAACACAAUGUCAUUGUACGAUGAUUUUGAUAAGCAUCGAACAUCCGAAAAGGUGGCUGGAUGGUCAUCUAGCAUUAAGUUAUUACAAUCUCAAUUACAAUUAAAAAAAGCCGCUACUACACAGCCGAAGCGUGAACAAUAUAGAAAAGCCACAGCAGUAUUAGCACCUGUAAUAGAUUUAAAGUCAAAAUCAAAUCGAAAUGCAGAUAGAGAUGAUGAUGGGCCACAUAAUAAUCCACUUUCUUCCAGUAGCGUUAGCAGUAUUGGAAUAGGUGGUGAAUUCGAUUGGAAUGUAAUAAAUGAAUAUGAUCCUAUGUGGCCCAAUGAAUACGACAAAGUUGUUAAGGAAUUAAGGGAUUUACGUGAUAGAGAACAUGAUCAAGAAACUGAAAUGCGUAAGAGAAGACGUGACAGUUCACGUUUUGAAGAUACACAGACUUCUUCUGGAAAUAACACAAUGAUACCUCCUGAGAGGGAUGAGGAAAGGACUCCAACAUCCAGAGGUAUUGCAGGAGGAGCAGCUAUAGCACCACCACCUUCUUUACAAGAAUCUUCCGAUCUGCCACCACCAGCACCAAGACAAGCUACUAAUAUAGGAUACGCAACAUCAUCCGUAGCAGCAAAAAUAAUGGCCAAAUAUGGUUUUAAGGAAGGUCAAGGUCUUGGUAAAAAAGAACAAGGAAUGUCUGUUGCUUUACAAGUAGAAAAAACUAGUAAAAGAGGUGGUAGAAUUGUUGGGGAAAGAGAACAACUUAUGCCUCCUCCACCACCUAUUGCUGUUUCUCCACCACCUCCACAACAGGCUGCUGCACUGCAACCUUCUGAGGAGCCUAGUAUUACAGAAAUAAUGAAAUGUCCAAGCAAGGUUGUCUUACUACGCAAUAUGGUUGGUCCUGGUGAAGUAGACGAUGAUCUUGAACCUGAAGUCAAAGAUGAAUGUAACACAAAAUAUGGUGAUGUUGCACGUGUUAUUAUUCAUGAAGUAACAGAAGUUGCUCCAGAAGAAGCAGUUCGAAUCUUUGUAGAAUUCAAGAGAAUAGAAAGUGCUAUUAAGGCUGUUGUCGAUUUGAAUGGACGUUUUUUUGGUGGAAGACAAGUUAAAGCAGGUUUUUAUUCCAGUGAAAAACUUGACAGUUCACAAUUAAUGGAUUAACUUCUUACUGAACAUUACUUAAUAAAUGCAACAAAAGAAUUGUUUCAAAUUAAUGUGUUGACUAUUAUGUAAUAAAUUGCCCAACAUAUCACAAUUUCACUAUCAUGCUUAUGUUAUAAUUAACAUAAGAUAAAUUUCGGAUGCAAUGGAAAACAUGGAAAAAUAUACAUGGAAGUCAACAUAUUAAGAAACAUUACAAAUUAUACUUAAUUUCAAAUUGAAUAAAUUGUAAUAUAGUUUAAACAAUUUUAUAUAUAUCGUACAAUUAAUGAUCUUUUCAUGAACAUAGUAUAAAGAUCAUGUGCAUGAUAAACAUAAAGAAUGAGUAUAUAUGAAAAAAUUUCUAUCUUCAAAAUAAAUAAACUAAUAAAUAUUCUACUGUGUUAAAAUAGAAACUAAUAUAAUAAAAAUUAAGAUGAAUAUAAAACAAAAAUGGAAACAAUUUUUCUAGUAUUAAAAAUACAAUAAGUUACAGUUGCAGUGCAGUCUAUCUUGUAAAAGUUUAUAUAUGAUACCAUCUUAUAUCUUUGACACAGUCACCAUACAUUCAUUCAAUAUAAAAAAUAUAAUUAAAAUGUAACAAUUUAAAUAUUUAUUUCAGAGAUAUAAAAAUGUAGUUAUUAUAGCUUUAUUUUUCUUUCUUAUUGUUAAUUAAAUGUUCAACUGCUUCAUUUAAUUGAGCACUAAAUGCAGCAAAACUAAAAGUUUCAAUAAAUCUGUCUUUACCCAUGUUACCAAAUUUUUGUAUGCAACUUGGAUUUUUAAUCAAAUAAGCUAUCUUCGAAGCAAAUGCAUCACCAGAUAACUCAACUAAAAAUCCAGUUACCCCAGAAACAACAGAUUCUUUUG